AUGGUGAGAAUGGAUCGAAUUACUUUGGAGAAGAAUUAUUCCUGGCCGUCCCCCACUCGCCGCCGUUCAUUGCUACGAUCCUUUGUCUCCGCAAAGGGGUCCUUCGCAUCUCCAGCCGGGUCAUCACCUAUCAAUGCAAGGCACUAUGAUUCUGUCCCCGGCAUUGACCCGCAAAACUCUCGAGAACAUCUUCAGUCCGUCUUUGACAGUGGUCUCGGAGGCUCCGACUUGGAUUCACGAGAUAUGACAUCGAGAACUGUUAGUCCAGAGACCGACUUGGAAGGUGCUACAAAACGUGUGGCGGACGAUGAAGAGACUACUGGGAGGAUCCAACGGAGUAAUCAGAAGAGAAAGAAGAAUACACCAAGAACCACUGGCUCUGGCGAAUAUCGUAUUCAGAAGAAGCGCGCCUCGGUUAACAGAAGACAGGUUUUUGAGUACUCACGCUUAGGAGCGAUCCGGGAAGGUGUCGACGGACGCAUUCAGUUCAAGAUUUGUUGGAGGCAACUUGGGGCACUCUUGAGGACCUCCGGGGAAGUCGGGCAUUGA